UCACAGCUUAAAGACUUCCAACCCCACUUCUCUCAGUUUUAGGCCGCUCCAUCCUUCUCACAUAAUUUCACCUGCCCACCCCCAUUCUCCUCCUCUCAAUUUCAUGUCUCCACCAAUUAUCCUUUCCUCACAUUCGCCGGUUUUGGUCCGAGUUGUUCUCCAGUUUGAGACACUGCGGCGAAAGGGACGACGACAACAACAGUGAAAGAGGGAGAUUCGACCUGUGUCAACGCGCAUGCGUAGUCACGGAGCGCGAACGUACAGCAAAUCCACACCGAACGGCCGGACCAGCGCAUGCGUAGUUCGUGCGCGCGAAAUUUUAAACCGUCCGAGGGCGAGAGGGAGAAAAAUCUGAAACGGCACCGGAGUCGCAAACCAAGCGGGAGGUUCCCGUCUCGUCAGCUGUGGGCAGAUUGUGAGCGGCACUCGGUACGCGAGGAGACGGAGUCAGUGAGAGUUAUAAUUGUUGUCAUGGCACUGGAGGAAGAAGGAAACGUUACUGUAGUUGUCCGAAUACGACCGCAGAAUCAACGAGAACAGGAGCAUGAUAACCAAGUAGUUGUGGAAGUAGUUGAUGAAAAUGUUCUGGUCUUUGAUCCAAAGGAAGACACGAACGAUGAAAUGUUUUCUGGAGCUAAAUUGAGAAACCGAGAAAUCCCACGACGGAAAAGCAAAGAUCUGAAGUUUGUGUUUGAUAGAGUUUUCAGUGUAACCUCUACGCAGCAAGAGGUGUUUGAGUUCACAACAAAACCUAUUUUGGAUGGUGUUUUGAAUGGAUAUAAUUGUUCAGUCUUUGCUUAUGGUGCAACAGGAUCUGGGAAGACCUAUACAAUGUUGGGUGGUGUUGAUCAGCCGGGAGUGAUGUAUCACACGAUGGUGGAACUGUAUGAGAGAAUCGAACAGAUGAAAGAUGAGAAAAUUUGUGAAGUUGCUGUCUCAUAUUUGGAGGUGUACAAUGAACAGAUUCAAGAUCUGCUUGAACCUAAAGGCUCACUGGCUGUAAGAGAGGAUCCUCAGAAAGGAACAGUUGUCCAGAGACUAAGCUUUCAUCAGCCCAAAUCUGCUAAAGAGCUUUUAGACAUGUUGGCAAAUGGAAACCUGAACAGGACACAACAUCCAACCGACGCAAACGCCACGUCUUCACGAUCCCAUGCUGUCUUUCAGGUGUAUGUGAAGCAACAAGAUCGUAUUGCCAGCAUCAGCAAGAAUUUGCGGAUUGCCAAGAUGUGCUUGAUUGAUCUAGCUGGAUCAGAGCGUGCCAAUGCAACUAAGGCUCAAGGAGCACGAUUUAGGGAGGGGGCAAACAUAAACCGCUCCCUGCUUGCAUUAGGAAAUGUAAUUAACUCACUGGCAGACAAGGCUAAAAGGGCCCAUAUCCCUUAUCGAGAUAGUAAGCUGACCCGCCUCCUUAAGGACUCAUUAGGGGGAAACUGCCGUACAGUGAUGAUUGCCACUAUUAGCUCUUCAGCCAUUAGUUAUGAAGAUACAUACAAUACCCUAAAGUAUGCAAACCGUGCUAAGGAUAUCAAAUCUUCGCUGAAGAGUAAUGUUGUGAGCCUGGACUGUCAUAUAAGUAAAUAUGCAGCGAUAUGUGAGGAACUACGGAAAGAGGUCACACAACUGAAAGAAAAGCUGAAGACCUACGAGGAUGCCAAAAGUACCGUCUCCAAUUUUGAUUGUAGUCCAGUGCUGGCAAAAUCACCCAGUCACCGUCAGCGCUUGGUGAAAUCUUUCCAGGAGGUUUUUGCUGAUCGCCAAAUGAUUCAAAAGAGCUAUUUUGACUUGGAAGCACUUGCAAAAGAAAUGGAACUGAAAACAUCCUUUCGAUUACGGGACCAAGAGAGAAUUAAAAUACUUUGUACUGAACAGAGAUUGGAACAGGCUUCCUGUAAAUUUGAACGUAGCCAGGCAUCCUCCAAUAGGCGGCGUGACUACCUGCUGGAACAGAUGCAGCAAGUCGAAGAAAAGCUCAAAGAGAAUGGGAGCCUCCUGUCCGAGAUGGGGAAAAAAAUAAGUUCAGAUGGAAGAAGCCAAUCAGUGCCUCAGGUCUUGAAAUUGAGUUUGCAGAAAAUUCUAUUAGAGUCGGAAUUGAACAGCUUAAAGCAACACAGUGAAUACAUAACCCAACUGAUGAUGCUACAGGAUCGAGACCGUCGACAGACAGAAAAGUUAGUGAUCACUCUACUGCAGAUUGUACGUAAACAGUUUUACACACUGAAAGAAACUAAUCUUGCAACUGCAGAGACAGUAACACAAUUCAAUGAGUUGGAGCGCCUUGUACGGGGAGAGAAAGCCGUUCUAUGGGCAGAUCAAAUAAACACUGAUGAAAGUAAAGAGAAUCAACAAUCAGAAAUAACUGCUCUUGCUACAUUUUCGAAACUGAACAUUCUACCUGAAACAUUUUUUGAAAUUACUGGUUCACCUAAAAAAGAAGAUACAGCUGCACAACCAACUGAACAGACUCUGUUAAAGACUGGCACACGCAAAAGACUACCUACAAAGCGGUGUCUAACAGAGCUUAGGUCACCAGCCAAAUCUCCCCAGAGAGUGCGAUCUUCACCAUUAAAAAGAAGACGAUUGAAAGAUGAGACUACUUCAAGUAAUCCUGCAAUAUCUGAAUUACGAAGAAAACGCAAAAGGACCAGAACUGACCCACUGACAAUUUUGCCAAAAGUGUGCACAAAGGAGACCCAACCUUUUUCAAAUCGGAGUAAUCCCCUUGGCAAUGAACGAAUUAACUUUAUGAGCUCAGUCCAACGACAUAUCAAAAGAAACAGUCCACUUACUGUUACCAAUAAAAGAAUUAUACCUGUCAUCAUCACUCCCAAAAGCUGUAAUUUCCCCGUGGUCACCUGUACUUCUAUGGCAUCCAAAUGUCCAAAUUUGAAUGAAACCUUUGAAACCACAGAUGCAGGUGAUCACGCUUGUUUAAAUGCAACCAUAACCAUUGGCCCUUCAGAUGUUCAGAGAUCAGAAAUCGCUGUGAACCAUGACACUUUUCCGCAGGCCAAGAAUUUAUUUCUACAGAGGUCGGGGCAGCCACAGAUGUUCACUGCCACAAAUCCAGCAGCCACUGCUACUCAGCCGUCAACACAACGGAAGAGACGGUCUUUAAGUGGCAUUUCAACCCACACCAAUUGCCAGAAUAGAUCCAAGAGGUCGCAAGUCUGCAAGAAUCGACCAUUGUCAGCACGGUACUCCAGUCCAAGGUUACGAUCAGUGGGCAAGAAAAGCACGAUCAGCAGUAAGUUGCCUUCAUUCCCAAUCAGCCAGGACUUUCAAUUCCUGCCACAGUCCAAUUCGAAGAAUUCAAAUAAAACAUUUGCUUUCUGACCAGUACUACUUGUGCAGACGUGAUACAGUGAUUAGUUGGAUUUGUUUGCUCUUGUCUAGACUGUCUGCAUUUGAAAGUGGACCUGCAUUAUUAGUAUUGAUUAUUAAGUAGUCUGGUUUUGCUUCCGAUUCUACAAAAGUAUCAUAAUUUCCCCAUCAUAAUUCACCUUUUCAUUUAGAUAUGGAUCCAAAUCGUGGGCAUUCUGUUGUCAUUUUCUGUCUCACUCUGUUGGUAACCAGUUGGAAAUAUGAUGUGAUUUGUGUUUUAUCAUGUUCACUGAUGGAGUUAUUUGCUGUGCUCCAAACUCAUCUUAUGGUUUUGCUGAAUUCUGGUGAAAUUUUCCCAAUGAAUGAGGCGACUUUGUAGAAAAGCUGUAUGUUCCCUUUAAAUGUUAUUAUCCAUCAUCAUAUCAUUCUCAGCUUUGCUACAAAUUUGCUUUUGUGUUAGUUUAUGCAAUUUUUAGAGAGGGGGCUGAUUUCAUUUGUUAGCUAUUGGAUAUGCUAAAGCUCAACUAAACAGCAGGCAUGUUUAAGAAGUUGCAAAAUGGAUUAGAAAUAAAUCCAAUGACAAAGAUUCAUUAGAAAAUAACUGGACAACAAACUUCUUAAUUCUUAUCCUUUAACAAACAAGACUUUCAAGAGUGACUGUCAGAUCCAGAUCAGUCGGUGCAAAGAAGAGUUGCAUUCCCCAAAUCAAAUUCUGAAGCCCAGCUGUGGUGUCCUCCCUUAAUGUCUGUUCUCCAGAGUGCAUUUCAGUCAGUGAUGUUCUGUAAAACAGAUUUCCGCAGCUCAAGGUGGAUAUUUUUUCUCCUCAAUUGACCAUUUUCUCAUAGUAUAUGUUGCACUCAAUUUUGCAAUGAGAUGCAUUCUUAACAGGAGUAGAGAUAAGUUUGUGGUGGCACAGUUCUGUUUUUUGAUUGACAGAUUAGGAUUCAGAUACAAUGCCUUUGUUAAAAUGUACUAAUCUUAUCCAGUGAUGAUUACCUUCAUGAAUGGCUGUUUUCAGAGUAAGGAAUGUGGCAAUAUACACAUGAGGAAGAGCAACAUUCCUUCUAUUUGAAUUGGACCACACCUUUUCUUUUUACACGUGGGAGGAGACAUUGUACUUACUUUCCCAAACAACUUAAUCAAAUUCUGAUUUGAGUCAUGAUCUAUCAAAUUGUUGAAUGUUUUUUGUCUCCCUGGGAAUUAGUAUUGCUGCACAUAAAUAUGAUUCAGAAGCUGCAAAAAACUGGAACUGUGUUAAUUAUGGUAAUGCCAUGCAAACAAAGGAAAGUUUCUCUAAAUGUGAAUAUGGAUCAGCAUCAGACCUUUCAACAGCUAUGCAAUCAAAUGCAGGAUUUAAGCAUGCAGUGCAAAGUGUAGAGAUUUAUUUAACCAUUUCUAGGGCAAAGUACAGCUUCAUUAAAAUUGACUCCAGAACACACAAUAUUAGCAACUGAUGGAUUUGAAUUUAAGAAAGUCUAUAAAUAAUGGUUUAUUGCUCUGGGUGUAGUUCCUCUGGGCCCUUAUAAAAUAUGGUAUUACCCAUUUCUAUCGACUUUUGAGUUUCAAACAGAUAAAUGGUUUUAAAAGGCUCUUUUAUUUCUUUGGAAGUGUGAAGUGAUAUGUAAGUGAUAUAUAAUUUAAUCUGCUUUAUAUAUCACUUAUCAGUUUUUCAAAGCAACAAUAUAGAUCCUUGUGAUUUAUAAAAGUCUCACUUAAAUUAGGAUGAACCCAGUUCAGCAAAUUACAAUACUGUGGCAUGGUGGCAGUUGCUCUGAACAGUGAUGACUCAAUAAAUGUAUUUGUGGUCUUGAAAAAGAAUUCCUGGUGCAAUUCUUAGUGCAAUGCUGACUGUUGCUAUUCAGACCAGUUAAAUACAGCAUUACACACAAAACAGCAGCAAUCAUUGGCAUGCUGACUCCACCAUGGUUGAGUAGUUGUCCUUCUGGCAUUGCAGUUAAGACUUCCGGAAUUUCAGAAGCUGAAUGGCAGUUUAGCAAUGCUUGCUUCAUGCCCGAAUUAAAUGCGAAAUGUGUCAGACUUCAUUCGGAUGUAUAGAAUUCUGUUUCACGAAACACAUUGACUGCUGCAUCUCAGGGAAGAGCAAUUUUUCUCCAUUUCCCCCCUUGAUGUCACUGCAAUGCAUGAAGCUGAUGAUCCAUUCAAAUCAGGUCAAUGUUCAGUAACUGUUAACAGGUAAAGGUUUUCCCAAUGCUGAAACUCAUGGAUUAUAUUUACAGAGGAAUCUCAAUCAUCCGAAUGACAGGGGUGGGGAGUAUUUUAUUCAGAUAAUCGAAUGCUGGAUAACACAGUUUAGCCAAGCAUCAGGACUUUGCAAUCUUGUCCAGAUUAUCCAAACUUUGGAUAAUUGAAUGCCGGAUAAUCGAGGUUCCUCUGUAGAUUGUUGAAUAUAGAUGGUCAGAGUGGCACAGGUUUCCUUUCUCAUGUAUAGUAUUCUUGUUUUUCUCUCUCUAUAGUUCUCUUCCCUCUCAAAAUCUGCUCCUUAAGGACUUUUUAAAAAUGCUUCUCUAUGAUGGAAUUAAACAGUAGGGGGAGAAAGGUUUUAAAAACAGUUGAUCAUUUGUGUCUUAACGUUUCAAAAAAAAAGCUUCUGAUGGUGUCUACUACUGUUUAAAAAUUGUAUGUGUGCACGCAUUCAGAUUGUGCUGAAAUGUGUUUUUAAAGGGAGAUUUAUUUUUAAAUUGUACGUGGCACUCCAGUGUUGAUCUUGUAAAUGAAAAUUAAUGAAUCUCAGUAACUAUGUAAUGACAAUUGCAGCACUUUCACUCAGUGAAUGACUUCACCACUUUUUUUCCCUGCCUGUGGUGGGAUUGCUUUUUGUCAGUUUUUGUGGGUGGUCAAGCAACAUGGAUUUCAGAGUUGCCACCAGCACUUCCACAGAAUAAGUCCUGUCUAAUGAACAAAAGUUGUUCUUACUCGGCUGCAAAUCACAGUGAUGUGGUAUAGAAACUCCAAUAUGGUUUAAUUGCUGAGUGAAAGUGUAAAUCAAGGCUACCCUUUUGAUUUUACUGUAGUCAAGUAAUUUGUAAUGUUGGAUAUGUGUAUAUAGCUUAAAGGAAGUGAUAUAGAUAUUUUGUUAAAAGCUUUCAUUCAUUUUGGUGCUGUAUUUUUUUUAAAUUUGUCUUUUAAGUGUCUGUUAGGUGCAAAACUCCUAUGUCCCUUAGUGUGUUUGAAACAUAAAAGUACUGAUUUUAUUAGUGUUGUGAGAGCAGCCAUAAAAUGUAAACAUGAAACAUGUCCAUUGCAAUAUAUCAGCAAAUAUAGGAUUUUUUUUCUACUGUUUUCUACUCAGUCGCAAGCUGCUAACGUUACCUGGCUAGAUGUUACGCAGUUCACACAUUUAGAUGCAUCGGGUAAAUUUGUGAUAGAAACCGAACCAGGAGUUAUUUCACUGCCAUUAACUUGCCCCUGAUUUUCUUCAAGGUUAAUUUAAAUUCCUGCUGAUUUACUAGUACUUAAUUUGCAAUCCUUUUCUUUUAAGUGAGCAUUUGUGAUUAGGCGAGACACAGUAACAUUUUCAGUAACCUUCUAUUUCAUUAUUGUGCAUCAUAGUUGCUACUGAAAUCACGAAAUCAGCACAAGACAUAAAAUCCUAUGUUGUUGCUGCAGUAAUGAACUCAAGUAAUGUUUUGUUACACUGACAUCCAUUUUAUAUUGGGUCUGUCUUCUGUUCAACUCCAUAAAUACCAAUCCACAUUGUCCAGCAUGAAUAAAUAAUCUGCAUGACAGAGAGAUCUUGGAAAUGUUCUAAUUCUUAAGUACUGCAAUUUUUUUGCUGAUAUAUCUCCCAUGUAUUAGCCUUUUCAUUAUAAUCUAGGCUGAGUUGGUGUGAAGGGACUCUUGUAAUUUCUUUACAUCGAAUGAAAUUGAACUAACUUGUCUUGUAAGUGGUUAAUGGUUUUUUUUCCGAACGCAACUGGGGACAAAGUCGUUAUUCUGUACAGUGCAAAGUUGCAUUUGAUGACUGCUCCCUUUUCUUGUGUUGUCCAAAGUGAUAAUUGUCAUUUUUUGUCUAAUUUUUAAAUAAAGAUUAUUAGUAACAA